GUCACGAUUAAAGUGAAGUACGUAAGUCGUUCUAAACGUCCAUCAUCUAUUGAAAUGUCAUUUAAUCCAUACACACAAAAUGGUGGUACAGUUCUCGCAAUCGCCGGUAAAGAUUUCUGCGUUGUAGCAGGCGAUACCCGUCAAUCAGAAGGUUUCUCUAUCCAAUCUAGAUAUGAAACUAAAGUUUGGAGAUUAAACGAGAAAGCAACUAUCGCAGCUAACGGUUUCGCUGCUGAUUGUAAACAACUCGUAAAGAGAGUGAAAUGGAGAUUGGAGACUUACAAAUACGCUCACAACAAAGAAAUGCCACUCAAAUCAAUAGCCAGGAUGGUACAAACUAUGCUCUAUGGGAAGAGAUUUUUCCCAUUCUACUCUUACGUAAUUAUUGGUGGUAUAGACGAUGAAGGUACCGGUGCAGUUUAUGGUUUCGACCCUGUUGGAAGUUACGAAAGAGAGACUUGCAGAGCUGCAGGUGCAGCACAAUCCUUACUCCAACCAUUUUUGGAUAAUCAAAUUUACUUUAGAAACCAAGAACCUGCUGAUCCUGCUAACCCACCUAUACCUGGAAAUCUUCCUCUUGAAACUGUUUUAGCUAUCGUCACAGAUUCAUUCACCGGUGCAACAGAACGUCAUAUUGAGGUUGGUGAUGCUUUAGAAAUGUAUGUAGUCGCAAACAGCCAAUGCGAUUUGGCUCCUAUUCAGUCUAUAACUCAAUCUGCAACUAAAACUGAAUUGGAGCAAGUCGCUGCAGAAGAAGCCGCUUUCCAGGGACCAGAAGCAUGCAAAACCUAUAAAUUAUUACGUCAAUUGAAGAAGGACUAAGUUUGUGCAUGAAUGUAUAUUUUAAAGUAAAAGAUCAUCAUUGUUACUAUUAUUUU